AUGGCACAUCAGCAAUGGCAAGGUAGCCGUUCAUACUAUCCAGCAUGGAGCGAUCAAUACAACAACCAGCAGCAACCCUAUCAGUAUAGCCAUUCGCAGCAAGAUCAGUAUGACCCGUCAUAUCCUUACUAUUAUCCCCCACAACAACAGCACGCACAAGAGCAGUAUCCUUAUACACCAACAACCUCACAACCACCACCCCAUGCUUCAGUGAUCCAUCGACUCCAUGAACAGACACAACAACAGCAGGCUCUUGGAGCACUCGCUGCUGCUUCCAUUACAACCGCAUUGCAAGGUGGUCAAAGCAACAACACCAUGUGGUACUCGCACCAACAGCCGGCUCAGGCUUAUACCCAACAACAACAACAACAACAUCAUCAUCAUUAUCCACCACAACGUGCUAUGGUUGCUUACAAUGACCUUGAACCUUCACCAGCACCUUCACCUCCACGUCCUCAAGGGUCGUUUUGCUGUAAUCGAUGGUACCGAACACAGGCAGCAAAGGAACAGCAUGAGCGAAACCAUAUCCAAUGCACAAUGUGCAGCUUUUCAGGCAUCAAGGCUGUGAUGGAGGAACACAUGGAGGUUGAGCAUGGGCAGAUACCACCUGAAGGAAGUUCGAGGAAAAAAAACAAGCCUGAUGGUAUUGUACCACCCAAUGCACCCAAGAUCACCACACCCGAGGAAUUGGCAGCAUGGAUUGAGGCACGUAAACGAAAUUGGCCAACCAAAGCAAACAUUGAACGCAAGCAACGCGAGCAAGCGGAUCGUGCUGCACGUGGUCAGCUCCCCAAAGAAAGUGACAAAAAGAGGAAGCGCAAGGAUGAUGGAAAUGUUGACAGUAACAAGGUUCCCAAAAUGGAAAGCAUGAAUGUAUUGGGUGCUUAUGGAUCAGACGACGACGACAACGACGAUGAUGACGACGAGAGUGAUAGCGACGCCAGUGUGGAUAUUGAACGUGAUGCUGUGACAGCCAAGGAUCCCACAUCCAUGGGCAAGAUUGCUCUUCCUAGUGAACAAAAACCACGUUCGGGACCAAGGUGCCGAUUCUUUGCUCGAGGAAAUUGUAGGCAUGGAAACAAGUGUCGCUAUGUGCAUGAAAAGCCAACACAACAACAGAAUACCAAACGCACUCAGCCAGCUCCCAUGGAAGAAAAACGACCCAACUUGUUACGGAUGCUUCUUGCCAAGGAGAUCAAGGAAGAGCAGAAUGUCAUUUUACAAUGCUUCCGUCAUAUAGUUGAUAAUCAGUUUUUCGGUCGCUCUUAA